AUCACAAUCUGUUGCUAUAUCGAAUAUUGUUUCAUACAGUGAGAGUUCGCUUAAAUACGAGAUCCAACACUGACCUUGGGGAGGAAAAUGGCGCCAACUGCAGCUGCCGAUGGAGUUACAAAGCAUAGAGCGUGUGACGAAUGCCGUGAGUGCCUCAUCAUGUGUCCGACUCGGAGACUUAUCGGUCAUUAGGAUCCCGAAAACUCGCAUGCUCCAAAGAACCCGAGGGCUGUGCUCGCUGUAGGAGGGAGGGAAUAUUAUGUUACUAUUCUCCGCAGAAGCAAAUGGGCCGUCCCCGAAAGAGGCGGCAUGUGGAUGUGGACGAUGAAGCUAUUCUGCCAGCACCAACCAUUUCCCAGCCGCUAGGGGAAGCUCUACCUUUUCUCCAGCCAGAUGAUAAUAUCUCCUAUGAGCACCUGAAUCAAACGCAACCUAACGGAGAUUUCCUUCUGGAUCUCAACUUCUUAGACGAGCCAGUUAAUGCAAACGCCGAUACAUGGGACUUGCAAUCUAGUCAUGACACGUUUUCUUUCAACCCCCAGAUCGUGGAACCCGAAUGCUUGCUCGUUGACAAUGCGACAUUACCUACAUUGGAUCUGAGUGGUGUUGACCUCCUUGGCAGUAUCAACUUUGGCGAGACAGACGCUCCGCAAGAGACUGUUUCGAAGGAUCUCAGUAACACACUGCAGCAAUACCUAGUAGAUCAGAUGGAAUCCCCAAACCCAGGAUUACAACAGAACUCGGACACACCGACACCACCUGCUUCCAGCGAAAACGGUGCCUCUGUUGAAUCCACUGAAAAUGCAAUUAGAACACCGACACCCUCGAUGCGAUCUGUCCCUACAGUAUCCUGUGGCUGUUUGUCAUCACUUUAUUUAACUCUUGAGUCCCUUGGAAAUCUGCCGGCUGAGGUCAUACCGGCCAUGAAAGUCGCACGGAAUGCAUCCAAGGUCGCUCACGAAGUUAUCAGGUGUACUGUCUGUUCUGCAUCUUUGCUUGACGAACCUACCAAGCCCCCUCCCAUACAAUCGUUCCAGAAUCUCAUGCUUCUUGGCGCUCUUGUACCAUCUGCAUGCAAUGCCUACGCAAGAAUUCUAGAAAUGGUAGAUGAAGAGACUGCUCUCGCCAAGUUGCAGGGACGCACCUUUUGGUUCUCGUUUAAAGAAAUCGGUGGGCUCUGGGGUUGCAUUGGGGGUACGCCUAAGGGCUGCACGACUUAUCAAAGCUACAACAACAAGAACAUGCCUCCCGAUAUGUGGAGAAUGACAAUCAGAGGGCUGCUUCGCCUCGAUGUCUACGGGUUAGAUGAGAAGGACCAGGAGAUGCCAGGCGCGAUGACCUAUCGACAACUUGGGCUCAAAGAUGUCGUUGGGCAGCUUGAGGAAAGAAGCAAAAAGCGACAUGAUGCUCUUGACGCACUUCAUGCUGCUGGGCACGCACAUGAAGCUGCCUGUGGAGUUAUUUACCCGACCAAGCCUUGUUCGCCCGCAGAGCGCAAUUGCACCAAAGUCCUCGAAACGGCACGUAUUGCGCUGGAAAAUCUAGUUAUUGCGUAGGUAUAAUAUACGCGGAAACGCCCAGAAGUUUUGUUGGGGGCAUAACGAGUCAAAAAUACAAAAAUCACGAAAGACCUGGACGAUGAAGUAUUUGUAACUUCAAGUGAGGGCUGGUGUUCCGGAAGUUUGUAUCUGAGUUGUCAGAACGAUCCAAUGCGCCGUUCUAUUUGAUUGCGGAAACUUAUCAUUUUAAUCGGGGGAACUAUCUCGGCAUAUGUUGAUAACAUGACCAUGGUCUGUUAAGAUUCAAGACCGUAUAGCCUCGUAACAAGACUCAGGAGUGGCAUCUAUGGUAAAUCAGGAACUGUCGAGUUAAUGCAAGGCAAAUAGUCAUCACCGAGUUGAUCACGAUGCACAACAGGCUU